AUGGCAGAAAUCAAAAUUAGUAAUCAAACAAAAGAUAGAGUUGCUGCAUGCAAAGCUUACAUUGAGAGAAAAUAUAAAAGUUUAAUUACAAAUGAGAAGGAGAAAAUGGAAAAUUGGUAGUAAUUAUAAGAAAUAUUGAAAAAUUUAAAUUUUACACCUAUAGAAUAAGAAUUGAUUAAGAAGGAAAUUCAACACAAGGAAGCAAUGCAAUUAAGAAAGAAGAGAUAAAAAAUAACAGUGGAAGAUUUUGAAUCUAUUGCAAUAAUUGGGAGAGGAGCAUUUGGAGAAGUGAGGGUUUGUAGAUAGAAAGACACAAAUGAGAUAGUUGCGAUUAAAAAAAUGAAGAAAAACGAAAUGUUAUUCAAAAAUCAAUUAGGACAUGUUAGAGCUGAAAGAGAUAUAUUGGUUUCAUCAAAAUGUUAAUGGAUAGUAGAACUGAAGUCUUCAUUUUAAGAUGAUGAAAAUUUGUAUUUGGUAAUGGAGUUUUUAAGCGGAGGAGAUCUUAUGACUUUGCUAAUUAAAAAGGACAUCAUUCCAGAAAGAGACGCAAAAUUCUAUAUAGCUGAGUUAGUUUUAGCUGUGGAGGAAAUCCAUAAUAUGAAUUAUAUCCAUCGAGAUCUAAAACCAGAUAACAUAUUGAUUGAUGCGCAAGGUCACUUAAAAUUAUCAGAUUUUGGUCUUUGUAAACAUUUAGGUUAACAUUAUGAUAUGGCAGUACCUUAUAAUAUGAAUAAUACUGCUGUGGAUUAAAAGAAAUCAAGAAAUGAAUAGAGAAGAUAAUUAGCAUUUUCCACUGUAGGAACACCAGAUUAUAUAGCCCCAGAAGUGUUUUCUUAAAAUGGUUACAAUCAAUUAGUUGAUUGGUGGAGUAUAGGAGUGAUAUUAUUUGAAAUGGUUAUUGGAUAUCCUCCUUUUUACAGCGAUACUCCCUAAAAAACAUGUUAGAAGAUUUUAAAAUGGAAGAACCAUUUCAAAUUUCCAAAUAAUCCAAAAGUAUCUCCCUAAUGUUAUGAUUUAAUUACCAAAUUGAUGACAGAUGUCAAUGAUCGAUUAGGAGAUGCUAAUAAGAUUAAAAGACAUCCUUUUUUUAGUGGAAUUGAUUUUAACAAUAUUAGAAAUUAAAGGCCUCCAUACAUUCCUGAUAAAAAGAAAUUGACUUCUAAUUUUGAUAAGUUUGAAGAGAAAGAGCCUUGGAAACAUGUGAUUCAUAAUAGAGAGGAGUCAGAUUAAGAAAAGAAUGGAUCUAAUUUGAAUAAAAAGUAUUUUCAGGGAUAUACCUACAAACGUAAUUGUGAUGCGGAGAUGAGUCCUGUGAAGAGAGCCUUAGAGGAAUUAGAAAAUAUAAGACCUUCGGGUAUCAAGGCAGAUUUUGAUAAAAAGUAAAAAUCUCAAUCUCCUAAACCUAUAAAUGCUCCUCCUGAAUUCAACAAAUCUUAAAGAUCUUAAUCUCCAACAAUAAAAGAAUAACUCAAAAACACAUACAUGUAAUAUAUUGGAUAAUAUUUAUCACCUCUUAAUAAACAAAAGUAACAAUAAAAAUAAUGUAAAUGA